AUGGAAGGACUCAUGAAGAAGUAUGGUAUCAUCCAUAAAAUGGCCACGGCCUACCAUCUCCAAACGAAUGGCCAAGCCGAGGUUUCCAACCGGGAGAUCAAGUGCAUAUUGGAAAGAAUUGUGAAGCCUCAUAGAAAGGACUGGAGUGCCAAGCUUACCGAUGCACUUUGGGCCUACCAAACGGUUUACAAGACGCCAAUUGGCAUGAGCCUGUUUCGGUUGGUCUAUGGUAAAGCUUGCCAUCUACCGGUGGAGAUAGAGCAUAAGGCUUAUUGGGCUGUUAAGGAGUGCAAUUCAUGUUUGGGAGGGGCCGGAAUUGAAAGAAAGCUACAGUUAGUAGAAUUGGAGUGUUUGAGAUUAGAAGCCUAUGAGAACUCUAGACUCUACAAGGAGAGGAUGAAAGCCGUGCAUGAUAAAAAUAUAAGAAGAAGAGAGUUUAGAGUUGGAGAGCUUGUCCUUCUCUACAAUUCAAGAUUAAGAUUGAUGCCCAGAAAGCUAAGGUCAAGAUGGGAAGGUCCCUAUAGAGUAGAGAAGGUGGAGCUGUAUGGGGUGUAUCACUUGCGUCAUCCUUCUAGCCCCAUAAUCUUCAAGGUUAAUGGUCAUCGACUAAAGCUAUACCAUUGGAAAAAGAUGAAAAGCAACAAGGAAGUUGAGGUGUUCCUCCUAGCGGAUGCACCCGAAGAAGAAAACCCAUGA